AUACGUGACGUCAGAGAAUGGUGGAACAACAUUGAUGUCUGCAAGGUUUUAGCACUGUGGUUGAUUUAAGAAUUUUAAGGUAAAAAGCGGAACGUUUUCAUCUUGCCAAGAUGAUGGCAACACAGAGGCAGCGGCGGUGUAGGGAGCACACUGGCCCUUCACCACAUUCAGUCGCUAUCGUUGCUCGCCCUACCAAUAAAAGACCUCCUGAGCAUCUCAUCUUAGAAAGAAGAAAGAAAGAAGAAAUGAGAGAAGAAGCUUUACAUCAGACAAAGUAUAAUGAAUUUUGUGAUUUGAAAAAUGAUUGGGAGAGAUGGACAGACAGACGAAUACAGAUCAAUACAGUGAAGAGGAAAGUGGCAGGUUUGAUGCAGGCAGAACAGUUUGGCAUUGAAGACAGAAGAGAAAAACUAAGAGAUCUUCUAAUGGAGGAGGAACAACAGUAUCUGAAGGAAAUGGAAGAAAAAGAGGAAACUGUGUUAGAAAGACAGGCUAAAAUGAGGGGCAGAGCCAAGGACCUCAGAGAGAAAAGGGAACAAGAGAGGAUGCAAAUUGUCAAGGAAAAACUAGACCAGAAGUUUAGAAAUGAAUGUGAGGAAUUGCGUUCCACAUUGAGUAAGCGACACCAGGAUGAGGUGUGCACUGAAAGACUAGAGCAGCUUCGAAUCAAAGAAAGAAUAGAAGAAGAAAAGAAGCAAGAAGAGGCCAUGUAUGCUGACUUGUGGCAUAAGGAUAUGCUGUCUAAGAUGGAGAGAGAAGAGCGCGAGGCUCAAGCACAGCAUGCUCGUAAUCGUGAGGUGCUUGGAGUUAUUCAGUUGCAGAGAGCUGCGCUGGAAGCUCAGAAGGAAGAAGCUAUAAGACUAAGGGAAGAAGAAGCAAGGUUAUUGGCACAACAAAACCAGCUGCGUAAACUUGAAGAACAACAGGCCCUUGAAGAAAAACGUCGUCAGCAGCAGGAAACUAGAGAAAUCUAUGACAGGUCUGUGAGGAUGAAGAUGAAGAGGAAGGCCAAGGAAAUCCAAGAGGAGCUGGCAUUUGACAUGAAGAUUCUGGAACAGUUGUUAGAGGAAUCUCGCAAUGAAGCAAUGGAGCAGGAACAGAGAAAGAAAGAGCUGAGGGAGGAGGAUAGGCGAUACCGUGAAUACCUGAAACAGAUGUUGGAGGAAGAGAAGAUCAGGGAGAGUGAAAUGGAACGGUUAAUCGAUGAGGAUGUUGAAAGAAUGUGGCAGAAGCGACUGGCUCAGUGGCGUCUUGAGAAGGAGGCUAGAAAGAAGUUGCUAGAGGAAGUUCUUGCUGUUAGGAGGCAGCAGAUUAAUGAAAAAUUGUCCAUAAAUGAAAAGAAGCAGCGAGAAGCUCUUGUUGAGCGGGAAGAGAUUCUGAGAGCGAUUGAGGAGAACAAACAAAUUGAACUGGAACAGCAAGAAAGACAGCGUCAGAAGAAUCUACAGUAUCAGUCAGAUCUUGAAGGACAGAUGAACUAUACACAACGCCAGAAACAUAUAGAAAGUUUAGAAGCUCAAAGGGAAUAUGAAAAGCAAUUAGAGGCAGAAAUGGCAUAUAGACAUAAGUUAAAGGAAGAGUUGGACAGACCAUAUGUUGAUAAAGUUCAUCCCAUGAGGAAAAAGACAAUUAUCACACAAAAUCUUGGUUAAAACAUGGAAUUUCUAAUCUGUACAAGUUAAUCAACUUGAGAUCUUCCUUAGAUAACAUUUAUGGAAUUUUUGGAAUGAAAAAAAUAUGACUCUAUGGGUAAGAUUGUUUCAUUAAAAUUGAAUAAGUAUUAGUUGUAUGACAGCAAUAGGCACCCUAUGUAAUGAUAUUGCUGAAGAUGUUGUAUAAUGACCAGUCUGCAAUUGGCUUUUAUCAGGUAAAAAGUAUUUUGUGAGGUGAAUAUAUUUUUACUUAUAAAAUUAAUGAAACCAAAAUGUAUAUUGACUACACUAUGUUAAGUAUAAUUUUGUACAUGUGUUGCAGUAUUUAUCUUUCUUGGGCUCAAUUCUAUUUUUGUUGGGUCCUCAAAUUUUCCAAUAAUGUAAAUAUAAUCUUAUAAUUUGAAUAUUUGUCACUAAUAAUUUGAAUAUUUGUAUAAUCACAUAUGGCAUAAAUAUGCAAUAAUAAAAUGAGG